CCCCCUGAACGAUGGCGCCUCGGUUUCCUCUGGUCGCGGCGCUGCUCAGCGCUCUCCUGACGCCCUCCGUAGUGCUCGCUGAGCACUGGGCGGUCAUCGUGGCCGGCUCCAACGGAUACAGCAACUACCGGCACCAGGCGGACGCCUGCCACGCCUACCACGUCGUGCGGCGCCACGGCAUCCCGGCCGAGAACGUGGUGCUCAUGAUGUUCGACGACGUGGCCUGGCACGAGCGCAACCCGUACCCGGGGCAGAUCUUCAACAAGCCCACCACCAAGAACGGCUCGCAGCCCGUCGACGUGUACAAGGGCUGCAACAUCGACUACCGCGGCGUGGAAGUGACGCCCGAGACUUUCCUCAAUGUCCUCACGGGCAACAGCUCAGGUGCAUUUAACAAGAAGGUGCUCAAUAGCACGGCAGAGGACCGAGUCUUUGUCAACUUCGUGGACCACGGGUCCCGUGGCAACGUCUACUUCCCGCACAUGAAGCCGCUCUCGGCGUCAAGGCUGAAGAAGGCGAUGAAGACCAUGCACGACAAGAAAAUGUACAAGGAGCUCGUGUUCUACAUGGAAGCCUGCGAGUCGGGCUCCAUGUUCUCCGACAGUUUCCUGAAGAGCAUCAACGCUUACGUCACGACGGCUGCGAACGGCUACGAGUCCUCGUGGGCUGCGUACUGCCCUCCAUUGGAUGAAGUGAACGGCGAGCGCAUCGGCUCGUGUCUUGGGGAUCUCUACUCGGUCAACUGGAUGGAAGACAGCGACCUCACGGACCUCUCAGGAGAAUCUCUCACGACGCAGUUCCACCGAGUGAAGAACGCGACCACCAAGAGCCACGUCAAGUCGUUCGGGCUCUCCAAGCUCAGCCACGAGAUCGUGGGGAACUACCAGUCUACGUACGACAAGAACGCAAACGACGACGAGUCUAGCAGUGACGAGACCGAGUCACUGUCCGAAGCUGCUGGCACAUCUGCGAUUGAAAGUGCGGUGGAUACUCGCGACGUGGACCUCCUCGUCGCGUUCUACCGUUAUCUGCGAGCUGCACCGGGUAAAGAUCGGCGGGGCAUUGCCCAGGAGCUCACCGCAACUAUUCAAGCUCGUGAAAGUGCGGACGAGGUGUUUGAGACGAUUCGAGCCCUGUAUGAGCAGCAGACUGGUUCGGCCUUGCUUCAAGUUGAAGAGCCCCAGCGCUUCGGAUGCCACGAAGAGGCCACUCGCGUCUUCCAGACGUCCUGCUCGUUCGCUGGUGGGUUCACGAGCUACAGUCUGAAGUAUGUUGGAGCGCUGAUGGACUUGUGCGAGUCGAAGCUGAGCCAGGAUGAAGUGCUGUCCAUGGUGCGCCGUGCUUGCUCGGUGGUCGACGCGCUCAAGGGUGGUGUGUUCGACACCAAUGUAGCCAUGCUGGGCUGAGCCAAUAGCAUGGUUCAAAAUGAUUGGACAGAAUUCGUCGACUGCUGGAGGGAUGCAACGUGUUCUAUCAAUUGAGAAUCUGCCUUUGAGUGCAGAAGGAAGAAAAUGUCUUUGCACGUGC